AUGCUGUGCUUCACUAAUCUCUCACCUCUACGUCUCUUCUCCGUCUCCGGCAUCUUCCUUCCGUCCCCUCGUCGUCAACUCACGAGUUUCAGGACUCGAAUGUCUUCUUCUUUCUCCAUUGAUUCUGUUUCUCCUCCGCCGGAUAAUGGCAUCGUUCUUGGUUGUGGUGGGAUCGCUGUAGAUUUCUUAGCAACGGUGGAUUCUUAUCCUCAACCUGAUGACAAGAUCCGAAGCACUAGCCUCAAGGUGCAAGGAGGGGGAAAUGCUGGAAACGCGUUAACCUGCGCUUCUCGUCUGGGCUUGAAUGCGAGGCUGAUUAGCAAGGUAGCGAAUGAUUCUCAAGGAAAGGGCAUUUUGGAGGAGCUUCAAUCUGAUGGUGUGGAUACUUCCUUUCUUGUGGUCUCUAAAGAGGGCAAUACACCAUUUACCUACAUUAUAGUUGAUAAACAAACGAAGACGCGUACUUGUAUUCACACGCCUGGAGACCCACCCAUGGUACCGACUGACCUUCCUCAGUCUAGCAUGUUAUCAGCUCUAGACAGAGCAAGCAUUGUAUAUUUUGAUGUAAGAUUACAUGAAACCGCCUUGGUGAUUGCAAAAGAGGCAAGCCGCAAGAAGAUACCUAUUCUAGUGGAUGCAGAGAAGAAAAGAGAUGGAUUAGAUGAUCUCUUGCAAUUCGCCGAUUACGUUGUCUGCACAGCAAAAUUCCCUCAGGCAUGGACAGAGAUGUCUUCAAACCCGGGUGCACUCGUUUCUAUGUUAUUGAGAUUGCCGAAACUGAAAUUUGUGAUUGUAACCUUAGGUGAAGAAGGAUGCUUAAUGCUUCAAAGAGCUUCAAAAGAAGCAUCAGAAUCCAAAGAGACAGACAUUGAGAGUUUGUUGGAGACACUGAAGCAUAGAACAGACUUAACCACAACAUUUCCAACAUGCGUUGCAUCGGAGACAACAAAGCUGAACGCCAGCGGGAUAGGAACAGUGAGCGGAAGAUUAUUUCUCGGAACAGCAGAGAAAAUUCCUCCAGAAGAGCUGGUUGACACCACCGGUGCAGGCGAUGCAUUCAUAGGAGCGGUUCUAUAUGCCAUAUGUGCUGGCAUGUCCCCAGAGAAAAUGUUACCGUUCGCUGCUCAAGUGGCUGCUUGCAACUGCCGAGCGUUGGGAGCUCGCACCGGUCUUCCUCACCGGACUGAUACGCGACUUGUUCCCUUUCUGGUUUGA